AUGAAGCUGCCAGCCGCGCGCCCGCCGCCACCCCGCGCCCGCCCCACCGUGCGCUGGCUCGCGCGCCACCACCCAGCGCGGCCCACCCUCGCCACCUCGCGGCCCCGCCGCCGCCGCCGCCCCACUGUUAAGGCAGGUGAUGCAGCCGACAAGGGGGCGGCGUCCGGGAACCCACAGAGUCACGUCGUGGUGGGGAGGAGGAACAACGCUGCUAGUACGGCGUCAAGGAGCCGAGGCAGGUGCUCGCCGUCACCCCGACCUACUCACGCGCAUUCUAGGCGCUCCACCUCAUCGGCCUCCUCCACUCACUCCGUCGGAAUCCUUGCGCAUACUGGCACGACAGACCAACUACGGCUCAGCGAGGAGGACAAGCAGAAUAUGCCUCUUCCAGUCCAUGGCCCUGCUUGCAACUCCUCAGGGCAUCUGAUUGGAUGGCACACGUUCAACUCAUUGCCCUUCUCUGGGAAGACGGCCACAGUUGUUGGUGAAGCAGCCCCUGUUCUGCCCAGGGAUUUGGAGUGGGCUGGUUUUGUGUUGAACUCGAGGAUGCUGUGGAAGGAGGCUGACGGUAAGCCUGACUGGGUGAAGGAUCUUGAUGCUGUGGGCGAGAAUGGCGAGGAGAUUGAGAACCCACUUACUCUGUUGAAUGAUCCGUCCUCUGUUGAGCCACUGGGCAACUAUGGGAAGAAGGUCCUACUGUGGUGGCUUUGUGUUGAAGCACGGGCUGAUAGCAAGUUUCCUGAAGGAAAGUGGCCUUAGAGAAUGGAUUAAUUUUGGUUGACACAAAGUAUGAGUUUGGAAAAACAUCUGAUGGGACAAUUGUGUUGAUUGAUGAGGUUAUACUUCUGACGUUAUUCUGCAAAAGCUUUUUAAUCUUGUGCUCAUUCUACCUAGUAACUAGCGGAAGAAUAUAAAUAUGCAUUCUGACAUCAUAAGUUCAUAACAGUGAGAAUGCAUUAUGUAGAAUCAUAUAGUACUAACUAGUUAUUAUAUGC